AUGCCUGGACGCGACCCCCCAGACAACGACCCCCUAGAUGCCGUCCUCCGUCCACCCAUCGACGAGACCCUGGAGGAGAAGUCAUUCCGUCUCGCUGCAGAGGCGGAGGCACAUCGCAUCAGCCAAGAGAUUGACGAGAGCAUACGCCAGGAAAAGCUGCAGAAAAAGAAGGCGCGCGUCGUGAGGUUGCUACUGCUGGGCCAGAGCGAGUCAGGGAAGUCUACAACUCUACGACAGUUCCAGCGACUAUACACGCCCUCGGCAUUCCGCGAAGAGCGUAUUCUCUGGCACGCCAUCAUCCAGCUCAACCUCCUGCGCUCCGUCCACAUCAUCCUCGACGCGCUCGCCGACGGCCGGGGAUGCGGCCUGGGCGUCGGCGGGGGGCGCGAGCUCGCGGAGGAGGCGCAGGCGCUGCUGGUCGCGUGCCGCGCGGACCUGAUGGCGCUCUGGCGGGACAACACGGCGCGGACGGUGUUGAAGCGGCGGAAGAUCCGGCUGGAGGAGAGCCCGGGGUUCUUUCUGGAUGACCUCGACCGCGUGACGCAGCCGCAUUAUCAGCCAUCGGAUGAUGACGUGCUGAAGGCGCGGCUCAAGACGGUCGGCGUGUCCGAGUAUCGGUUCGAGAUGGAGGCGGGCUCGGAGCAGGGGACACAGUGGCGGAUCAUCGACGUGGGCGGAUCGAGGAGCCAAUGUUGGCACUAUGCUGAUGGCGAGCGUGUGGGCGAUCGAAAGAAACAUGGGUCCCAUUCUUCGAUGAUGGAAGACAGCGUGCUCCUCUGGAAGGCUGUGUGCGCGAACAAGCUUCUCGCUCGCGUGAACCUCGUGCUCUUCCUGAACAAGUGCGACAUCCUCGCCGCGAAGCUCGCGUCUGGCGUGCGCCUCGCGAAGUAUGUGCGCAGCUUCGGCGAGCGCGCCAACGACUCGGAGACGGCGGAGAAAUACUUCCGCAGCAAGUUCAAUGCCAUACACCGGGAGUACUCGCCAAUCCCGCGCAAGUUCUACGGGUUCUGCACUUCCGUGACGGACACAAAGACGACUGGCGGCAUCAUUGCAUCCGGUACGCUUUCGACGAUCCAGCGCCAGACGCCCGAUCGCGUCUGGUGGCAGAACAUGAUGGCUCCUGUGUACAUGUCAACGCCCCUCCCGCGCACGUUGGACAGCUGUCUCGCGUGGGCGGUGCGGUUCGGUCACCAGCAGCAUCAGCGCGCAAACGUCUCGCCUCUCGUGAUGCUUCCCCUAAAAGGCCUGCACGUUGGCGUGAACGCGGGAGAUGCGUUGCGUUUCGUGUCACUAUCCCUGCAGAUAUAUGCAACAGUAUGCCACCAUAGGGCGCGGUGA